AUGAAGCAAUUAUUAGAUGUUCAUAAAGAUGAUGGAACAGCUAUACUCAGUUAUACAGCAUCACAACGUACUAUUGAACGCAAACGUAAAAAAGAUGACAUACCAUUACCAAGACCAACAUCAUUCGAAGAUAUAAGUAUUCCACAGCAAUUAAUAGUAACCAAUGGUGGUGAUCGGUUUUUAUUAAAUGAUAAUGAAGACAGUGAUAACAGAACAAUUAUAUUAUCAUCUGAUGAUGACUUAAACCGUUUAUCAAAUUCUGAACAUUGGCAUGCUGAUGCUCCACAUCUUUUUUAUCAAUUAUAUAUAAUACAUGGUUUUAUUUGUGGACGUUCAAUACCGCUGGUGUAUGCUCGUCUUCCUGGUAAAUCUGAAGCCGUUUAUGGUGAAGUAUUUAAUAUUUUGGUAAAAAAUGUCAACAAACAUCCAAAAUCAAUAACAAUUGACUUUGAGAAAGCUGUCGAAAAUGUUAUUAAACAAAAAUUACCAACAAUAACAAUCAGCGGAUGUUUUUUUCAUUUUAAACAAGCUUUAUGGAGAAAAAUACAAGUACAUUUUGUCGAUUAUUUCGAAGAUAAUUAUAUUGUAUGUCGAAUUCGUAAUAAUCGUCGUCGUGUCCCUCGUUUUCCAAUAACUUCGUGGAGUUGCUUUUCGCGUUUGGACCAAGAACUUCCAAGUACAAAUAAUUCUUCAGAAGGAUGGCAUCAUGCACUUAAAAAUUCUGUUCGUAUAAAGCCAUCUAUUUAUGAAUCUAUUAAAGAUCUUCAAGUGGAACAACAUGCCAGUUUAAUUAUGGCUGAGAAGUUAGAAGCUGGGCUUGUAAAAUUGACAAAACGUGCGGUAUAUGAACGAAUGGACGAACAACUACAACAGUUAAUUACCACUUUUAACAUAAACACAAGGAGUAUUUUAAAAGAGCAAGAGCUUUGUUUAAUUUUUGAAAUUAAAAAAAUAAAAGUCAUAUAAUGUCUGUCUGCGACCGGCUCAAAUAUCGAAGGCUCACAUAUCGGGAGGUUUAAAUAACGGGAGCUGAAAUGUCAAGAGAUCAAGUGUCGGUAGGCUCAUCUGUCGAGGCCCAUUUGUCGAGGCUCAAAUGUCAUAGGGUCAACUGUCGUGUUAUCAAAAGCAACAGGAAGUCGAAAAAAAUAAAAGCAAAUAGUCGGACAGUCUAAUAGUUCAGGGUUAAGUCAGAAGUCUAACUAAAUCCUCGAAUUCUACACUACUCUAAAGUUUUUCAGAAAUCCUUUCGUGAAACCAUUAAUUUUUUGUGGAUAUCUUAUAGAUAAUAUAAAGAGUAGCGCCCGUUCGAGUUGUAAAUAAUAUUACGUGAAAAUAGCCUGAAAACAUUAAUUUUGCUACAACUCGGUUUUUACCAGGUGUCUGAAUUCAGAAAGUCGGUUAAUUAAAAGAAUUCCAAGUGUUUUUGGUUAUGAAAAGGAGCUCUAAAGUUUUGGGUAUUGAAUGGCGAAAACCGUUAAUCUCUAUCACAUCUCGUUCUUGAAUUAUUUAAAAACUGACAGCCUGCACUGCUUUUUUUACGCAUAAUAAGUAAUAGACGAAUGUAGUCUCAUUUUAUCUAUAGUUUCACUCUUCGCGUUCCUGCUUUUGGACGUUAAAUUAACAACGCUUUGGUGCUUUUUAAAAAACAAACGAUGAUUUCCUUCAUCAGUAAGACUAAGUGGUACACAGGAAGGUUCGAAUUUAUGAAACUUGCAAGUAUUAUUAUAACGUUGGGUAGUUUCUGUUUGACAUGAAUUAAUCUAAUAAAUCUCUUUAGUAUAUUCAGCGACUGUUCUAUUAAACGUUUUAUUGAAAGAAAGAGAAAAAUAAAUGCAAAGAGUCGCGAACUCUCUGUAGAACUAUAAACGAGCAAUUUUGCCAACAAUAAACAAGAGUGCAGAAAGACAAAACAAGUAAAAGAUGAACAGUAAAGAAAAAAAACGAGAAGAGUUGAAACAAAAUAAAAAAUAAAAAUUGGACAGGGAAUGAAAAAGUGAGGAUGGCGCUCUGUGUGUUCCGGGGUUGAUGUUGCAUAAGGGCCCCCCUCAGAAAUGGUGAUUUUCGGUCAAAAAAUCGGUUUUGAGAUACGCACAUAAAAAGAUAGCCUGAAGUGUCUACUUCCAGAAUCUGUAUUGCUUUUGGUUACAAAAGUGUUUUUCCGGGAUUUUGAGCAAGUUUUCUAAGAGCCUCGAAAAAAUGGGUAUUCAAAUAAUGUUUUUUUCCUGGAUACUUAUGCAAUUAAAAUUUUUCUGAAAACACAGCUUUGUAGAGCAAACGUUUCUGAUCAAAAUGAGACUUCGCACAACUCUGCAUGACCUUGCAUCGAAAAGCUACAGACAUUUUCCUAGAAGUCAUAAAAAUCGACUAUUUCAUACAGCGUUUAGAUAGCGUUUUCGUUAUAUAAGAGUUACACCUGAAGUGCGCCCCAAGAUUUUUAACAGCGGUUUGUCGUAGAGAGUUUAUUCUUGUUUUGUUUAAAAGAGGAAAAAACAAUACAUCGACUGACCGGCGUCGAUUUUUGAAUUAGGUGUUAGUUUUUGGUCAAACUGAGGAUUUUUAGAAAAUCCAGAAGGCUCUUUUGGGUUUCGCAGGUUGUUGGUCGCCUGUAAAACUAAUAAAGGCUUAAUUGAAAAAUCGGCGCCGGUCAGUCGAUGUAAUUAGGUGUCUAGUUUAAAAUAAAACAAACCCGAACUCUCCAGCUUGAAGUAUAUUAAAAAAUCUUGGGACGCCGUUCAGGGUUCUUUUUGGACCUUGAUCUCUGGAAAACGCCUACACCGUAAGACUUCGAGACAAAAACUUUUUUUCUUUCCAGUAACUCGUUGUGCCGAACAUUUAUGGAAAGUUUCGUCAAGAUCGGAUGCACGGUGUCGGAGAUAAUUUCUGAGGGGGGCCCAUAAACAUUCUUUGUACAAUUCCUUCCUAAAACAAAGAUUCAAAACGAAAUAUAAUGAUAAAAAGGAAUAACAAUAAAGACAACGGAAGUUACAGGUCAAAGAGGCAGUUGGAUAUACUAGAAUUGAAGGUUACUCAGGCCGAACGCAUAUGAGUUUUAACAACUUCUGAGACGGGCGUUUUUAUUCGAUUUCCUUUUAUCGAUAUAAUCUAGGUGAUAUAUACUCUGGCGAUCGAUAUAUACUCUGGUGAUCGUGAAAGUUUGAUUAAACCCAUUUUUGUUGAACUUUUUCGACUCUUUAUAGCGAAAUUCAUUCUUAUGGCCCAUAGCAGCGCUCUCAUUGGCGCCAUAAGAACUAAUGGCUACACUAUGCAAGACGUAGUGUAUCAUACAUAACAAAAUUUAGCGAAACUACACUAUUUCUUGAGCUGAAAAUAUUAGAAUUAAAUUCAGUAUGUCCCAGCGCGUAGAAUAAGCGUAAAACAGGUUAGAGAAAGCACUUUCUGCGCUACUUAAAAUUAAGUGAGCAUAGAUCAUAGAAAAGGCGCCUAGCAUGAAGAUAAUCAUACUAAUUAGCUGAUUUUCUUUAUGCAUUAAUUCGAGAUACGCGCAUAUCUCAGGGAAUCCAAGCGCGUGUUUCAAGAAAGUCACACAGCGUAUCUUCCGCAUUUUUCAACGGCUUAAAAUUCGUCUUUUAAGCCUAAUUACAUCAUGUUUUACUCGGACUUUUCUUCGAGAACAUGAUGUAAUCAAGCUUCGCCAUACAGAAGUCUCUAUGUGCAAUCAAGUAGUUAUUCUAGUGGAAAUCACGCCUGAAAAAUGAAAAGUUUUUGCUUAAACACUUCCGCCUUGUUUUUGUUGUCUAAUUGCUAUUGUAUUAAGCUAUCUUAUCAACGCAUUAUUAUUAUUAAAUUCUUUUUCAGAAAAAAUAGUAAUAAUGACAAUUAUAUUCUGCUUUUUGAGAAUUUUUCAGCGCCCUUUAUCAAUCAUUUGAACGGUCCGUAAAAUUUCCGUUUCCAUGUCCGACGAAAAUAGUGAUAAGCGAUUAGAACAAAAAGAAUAGUAGUACCCGAUCGAUGAAUCGAUGUAUAAUUUAAUAUUUGAAAACGCGGAUAAGCGGCAUUGUUGACAGUCAUGGUAGGUGUAAUUUUCGAGAGUAUCGUAUACUUUUCUCUUCUGAAAUACGUUCCAAUAACAAUGUUCCCAACCAAAACAUUGUUCUUGAGCAUAUGUACCACUCCGUUAACAAAUUCAUCUGUGUGCUGAGGACUUCUUCUCAAGAAUGCGCGCUUGUUACGUACAAAAUGAAUUGAUUGUGCCAGUACAACAUGGUCAAUAAUUCGUCUGUCAGAAAUCUCACUGUCGAUUGCCGAUACUAGUAAGGUUUUUCUUUCAUCUAAUGUUUAAAAAUUUUAAUUUAAGUCACCAUUGAUUAUAUCUGUGGGGGGGGGGGGGGGGGGGGGGGGGGGGGGGGGGGGGGGGGGGGGGGGGGGGGGGGGGGGGGGGGGGGGGGGGGG